CACAAAUGUACAAAGAACCAUCAACCACCGUUGCCUCAAUAAUAUUGGGUACUGGCACCAACGCCGCUUGCAUCGUUCCUAUCGCAGAGAUCCAAAGGCCAUCUUUCUCCUUUCCACAGACAUCUGCGUCUGACAGAAUGGUCAUUAACAUGGAAUGGAGUCUCAUGGGAGCAGACUUUCUCGCCUUCACAGACUAUGAUAGGCAACUGGAUAAAGACCGCAAACCUGGAUUCCAACCGUUCGAGAAAAUGAUCAGUGGAUAUUACUUGCACGAACUAGUGAGACUGGCAAUCGUUGAUUUUGUGGAUAAGAAGGAACUAUUUGGAGGCGUUCUUCCUAGCGGGAUGGAAAGGAAAUAUAGCUUUACUAGUGAGCUCAUGAGUGACUUUGAGAGAUGCUCUAUAGACCGUCCUGAAGAGCUGAUAUCGAAACUCUCCUCACGUUAUCAACUUCCCGAUGACAUAAAAGUGAGAGACCUCGAAAUAAUUCAGUCAAUAGUCAAAUGUUUCUCCAGGAGAUCGGCUCAGCUCGUUGCUGCUGGCAUUGCGGCUCUUGUUGAAUUCACGCAUCCCGAAGCUACAGCAACAGAUGUCACGAUUGGGAUCGAUGGAUCUGUGCAUUCUCAUUACCAUGGUUAUUCUGAUAUGCUGACGAACGAGGUGGAGAGUUUAACGAGGACCAGAGUUAGAAUUUCAGAAGUUAAAGAUGGCGGAUGUGUAGGAGCUGCUAUUGUCGCUAUGUUAUAUGCUAAAAAGUCAAUGUAA